AUGACAGACACGAGUAACAGAAAGCGCAAGCUAGAGUCACAAGAGGACGACAAUGGAGCAUCCUUUCCUCCUCCCUUCACCACAAAGACAUUGGAGCAACGAUUGCGGAAGGGAAUCAUGGUGCAAUCAGGUGGCCAAAAAGGUUCCUUAACUCGCUGUGUCCAAAAGUAUGCCUUGUUGACAGCAGAUGCGUCAAAGGAAAGUGGCAACAAGGAUGAACUUCUCCGGGAAUUUCUCCAAGAACUCCAACUGUAUCGAAUGGAUCUUACCCGAAGUGUCUUGUUGAAUCGCAAUUUGACAAAGGAGAUCAAGGAAAACCAAGCAGUCGAAGAGACCUUGAAAGAAGAGAUUGAAGAGACUAAGACCAAGGUCCAUGAAUGUCAACAGCAAGCAAAACGAGCCAAGCAAGUCCAAUCUUGUUUUAUGGAGUACGAGACACUUUCCAAAUUGGCCAAUACCUGUCUGGCGGAUUCGCCGGAAAUCCAAAGCACGAGACAGCUCAAGAACGAGAUUGCACGAGUGAAACAAGAAAUUUCCAGCAAUCAAAAGGAAGAAGCCAAAUUGGAUUCUGUCUUAGCAGUAAGAAAAAGUCAAUUUCAUUUGCUCAUUCAAUGCAUGCUCGACCUGAAGCGAUCCUUGGACAAUGAUGAAGUGGAGGAUGCAGAAGACGAUAGUGGAGAGGACGAUAACAAAGGGACGGAAGGGGGUGAUGGGGACGAAGCUCGGCCGAUGGAAGUUGACGGUAAUGACGAUGAGGACGGUGCCCUUGACGAUGACAAUCUAUACGGUGAUCUCGGCUAA